AGAAUAACAGAGUCUUAUUUAAUAUCGAAUCUAAGUGCCUGCUCGAGCUUUCUUGGUUACUCGGUUCUCGAGUGUCGACUGGGAAUGUACUACCAUUUUCUGGAGUCUAGUGCCAAAAGACAAGUGCCCGAUUUUUUUUUCACCGGAAGUGGGACUAGAAGCGAAUAAACGAAAGGACGACACACGUGCAGCGGGAAUUACUAGGAGGAAUAUUUUACUACAACUUCACCCCGCAAAAUGGACAUCAAUGGCAAAACCGUCGCCAUCACCGGUGCAGCAGGUGCAAUUGGUUUCGCAAUGGCGGAAGAAUUUCUGUCAAAAGGUGCCAAGUCAGUCGCCGUUAUGGAAAUAAAAGGAGCACACGGGAAGGAAGCAACCGAAAAGUUGCUCAACAAGUACGGCAAAGGACGAGCAAUAUACGUUGAAUGCGACGUAGCGAAUUCCGAUGAAUUUAAAGCAAGUUUCGACAAAGUCGUCGCAGCCUUCGGCAAAAUAGACGUCUUCGUGAACAACGCCGGUGUAGUGAACGAAGCCGGUUUCAAAGAAAUGGUCUUAAUCAAUAUCGGGGGCUUAAUACACGGAACGUUGAUGGCUCUGAAUCACAUGGGCUCCCAUAUAGGAGCCAAAGGAGGUGCUAUCAUUAACAUGGCAUCCAUAACCGGGUUGAACCCACUUCCGAUUCUACCUGCAUACAGCAGCACGAAAUGUGCAGUGGUUGGCUUUGGUACAGCUUUGGCUGAAAACACGGGAUCGCGAGGUGUUCGCAUUUUGACUCUAUGUCCUGGAUUCACGAGCUCGCCCAUUCUGUCAGACAUAACCAUUAAUCAACUGGACGUAUUGAAUGUAAACAAAAUACGAGAAAAUCUUAAUUCCCAGUACCUGCAGAAACCGAAGACCGUGGCAGAAGCGGCAGUCCAACUAUGCGAAAGAGGAAAAAAUGGCGCAAUAUGGGUCACCGAGGACGACGAACCACCUUAUGCCUAUGAAUUGCCAGACCGCAAACAAUUGAAAUCCGUCGUCUAAUUCUCAAACUCUGAGCAUCCGAUUUCGGAUUACUUCGAUGUAGGAGCUUUAAUAGCGAAUAAAUCGAAAUUUUUCGGGGAA